AUGGAGGUUAUGCAAAACAAUUUGAUUGUUCAGUGUCGCUUCCUAUAUUUUAUGGUUUUGCAUCAGAAAAUCAUUUUUCGCAUGUUCAUAAACUUGAGGAAGCUUUUGCUAGUGAUGAAGUGGCUCUUUUACAUGUAUUCCCAGCAUCUUUGCAUGAUAGUGCUCUAGAUUGGUUUAAUUGUUUGAGUCCAAGAUUGACAUGGGGUGAGAUUGUAAUACAAUUUUUCAAUCAUUUCAAUCCCUCAUAUGAGACUCACAUGCUUUUACAAGAACUAUCAGAUUUCUCUCAACAUGAUGAUGAGUCUUUGUCAGAGUGUUGGGAGCGAUUUAAAUUUGUUGUAUUCUCUUGGUCGUUUAAUUGUGAGCUUGGCAGUCUUCUGGUUAUCUUUUGCCGUGGUUUAAACCUUAAGUCAUGCGAGGUGGAUUUUAGGUCCACUGACGAAUUUCUGGAUAAAACCCCUGAAGACGCUUGGGAUUUUUUAGAUGAAUUAACCCAAAAGCUCCAAUUUAGUGAGUUGACCAAAAGUUCUGAGGAUACCAAUUUUGAUGCCAGAGAAAGAGAGGAAAUAGAGUCACUUUCUGAGGAUAUUAAUUCUGAUGCGAGGGAAAAAGAGCCACUUCCUAAGAAUUUUGAUGCGAGAGAAAAAAAGGAAAUAGAGUUACUUGUCAUUAAUGAAGGCGAUAUGCCUUUUGAGGAGUCAUUGCCUAUAGUUGCACCAGGUUAUAUGCCUUUUGAGGAGUCAUUGCCAAUAGUUGCACUGAAUAAUCAAGUACUCUCAGCUCUAGAUUGUGCCACUCCUGCUACUGAAUCUACACUUUCGCAAGAGUUUUUAAAUGUGGAGCUGAUUGAUUUUCUUGGUGUUGAUGAAUUUAAUUUAGUUUAUCAUCCAUAUCUUCUGGACUUUGUCAACGCUUUGAAAAUUGAUCUAGUUUGGGCUAUACAUUUGUUGGAAUUUAAAUGUCUAAAACGAAUUCGGCAAAUGUGCUACUCGAAGUAUCUUAUCUUAUGGCAUGGUCGGGUUCAAUUCUUGAUAAAAAGUGUAGAAUGGAGCGUUAUGUUCAUUGUCUUAGCUUUCAUUGGCAUGAUAAAUAUUCGGUACCCGCGUUUGGCUGCUUAUUAUCUUGAGCUGGUGUUUGGGAAGCAUUUUCGUGAUUUUUUUCAUGAUGUUGGUGUUAACGAGAUCUUUCUGCACAUGCGAAACAAAUGGUGGGCUGUCCCUAGGAUAAAUAACUGGGUUGAUCGUCCAAGUUUAGCACUUUUCUUCAAUGCUCUGAAUCUAGAACCGUUGGAUUUUGUUCUUGUUACUGUGUUUGAUGCAACAGAUGUGAAUGUAAUAGUAUUCAUAGGAGAUGGCAUUGAGAGAGUGUAUCCCUGGACCUAG